GCGGCCCCGGCGCUCCGCGGCAGGAUGAUCCCCGCCGAGGAGGUGUCGGCCCGCAGGAGGGCGAUCGAGGGCAAGCUCAAGCAGGAAGAAGAAACCCUGUCCUUUAUCAAAGAGAGCCUUGAGAAGAGUGACCAGCUUACAAAGAACAUGGUUUCUAUUCUUUCCUCCUUUGAAAGUCGUUUGAUGAAGCUGGAGAACUCGAUCAUCCCUGUCCAUAAACAGACAGAGAACCUGCAGCGCUUGCAGGAGAACGUGGAGAACACCCUGUCCUGCUUGGAUCACGUCAUCAGUUACUACCAUGUGGCUAAGGACACAGAGAAGAUCAUAAAGGAAGGCCCCACUGGGAGGCUGGAGGAGUACUUGAAUUGCAUGGACAAAAUCCAGAAGGCGGUGGAAUACUUCCAGGACAACAAUCCAGACAGCCCAGAGCUGAACCGCAUGAAAUCCCUCUUUGAGAGGGGCAAGGAGUCCCUGGAGUCAGAGUUCCGCAGCUUGAUGACACGACACACCAAGCCGGUCCCACCCAUCCUCAUCCUGGACCUGAUCAGCGGGGAUGAUGAAAUGGAGACGCAGGAGGAGACGUCUCUGGAGCACCUCCCGGAGAGCGUCCUGCACGAUAUCAUCCACAUUUCUGGCUGGCUGGUGGAAAACGGCAGGAAUCAAGAUUUUAUGACUGUUUACUUCCAAAUCCGCUCUGUCCAGCUUGACCGCUCCAUCAAGGGGCUGGAAGACCAUUUCCGUAAGAACAGCUCCUCCACUGGAGUGCCAUAUUCCCCUGCCAUUCAGAACAAAAGGAAGGACACCCCCACCAAAAAGCCACUCAAGAGACCAGUCCUCAUCCCAGGUAAUGUGCGUCUAUGUGUGCGUGUGCUGGCCCUGGUGCUCGCUCUCUUCACUUCUGUGUGUGGAGAGGCUUUGCUGGGCCUCUUCUUGCUAAAGCAGAGGGUGUGCCUGGGAUAUUUGGAGAAGGGGGGCUGGCUGGGGAAGGCUGUGACAUCCAGAGAUAACCCCUCUGGUCUUUUAAAAUCAAUCUGUGCCAUUGCUGCUGUGUCCUGGAGCUGUUCCUGAAAGCUGAUGUGUGAGUUGCAGUUGGUGAAUGCAGAUAGUCUGCGAAUUUCAGUGGAUUUUGCCCUGUCAGCAGAGCACCACCUGACAAGGGUAUGUCUUACCCCACACUUGGCUUUCCUCUGGAGUUUGACAGGUAGUUAUUUGCCUAAGAAUUUGCCCUCAGUGUUGGGAGGCCUGUAGAGGACAAUAUCCUCCUGCUGAGGAGAACUAGCUAUGCUGCAGAUGGCAGAAAAUCAGUGUUUUAAAUGGUUCCUAAGCAUGAUGGCAGUCAUUUGUGUUCAGCUCCUGAGCAGUCUCUCCUGCCCAACAACAUGAUUCCAAUAGGUAAAAAUUAUUUUUGUGUGGUUCAGUAGCACUCUACUGGAAAGAUGCCAGAUGGGGAUCUGUAGUUGAGCCAUGGGGAACUCGGGUUGCAGGUGCUUCAGGUUUGGUCCACAGUUCUUGGUUAUCACCUGAUACUGAAAAGAUCCCUGGGUUUUGAUUGCUGUGAAGUUAGCAGGGUCAGCAAACAUUUCUGAGCAGCCUGCCAAAUGGUAACAUCUCCCCUAUGCCCUAGGUAAAUAGAUGGAUGAGAUUUUUUUUGAGCAGAUGAAAAGAAAAUCACUAGGAUUUUUUAAUGGGUCUCAGAUCUUGGAUGCUCACACAGAGAGUAC